AAGGGGGCGGGGCUUGAGGGGGAAAAUGGCGGCAGCCAAGGGCUUGAGACUAACGCCAGCGGCGCUCAGGGCGGUCACUCUCUGGCACAGGGGCAGGCUCCUCGCGGCCUCUCCGGGACUUUUAACGCGUCAGGAAGCGACGUCCUCCAGUCCAGAGGCUGGUGAGGGUCAGAUCCGCCUCACCGACAGCUGCAUCCAGAGGCUUCUGGAAAUCACCGAAGGGUCAGAAUUCCUCAGGCUGCAAGUGGAGGGAGGUGGAUGCUCUGGAUUCCAGUACAAAUUUUCACUGGAUACAGUUAUUAACCCCGACGACAGGGUAUUUGAACAGGGUGGGGCAAGAGUGGUGGUUGACUGUGAUAGCUUGGCCUUCGUGAAAGGCGCCCAGGUGGACUUCAGCCAAGAACUGAUCAGAAGCUCAUUUCAAGUGUUGAACAAUCCUCAAGCCCAGCAAGGCUGCUCCUGUGGAUCAUCCUUCUCUGUCAAAAUUUGAUGCAAUGAAGGUUGGAGAUUGCCAUCGGUAGUACCAAUCUGAAAAACCUGCGAUUAGUUGGAUUCUAGAGGUUUCUUUCUUGUCAUGUCUCUCUCUCUCAAUUUUAUUUUCUUUAAUCCAGGAGUAUUUUGUUUUGCCACUAUUAUUUACAGAAUGUGAAGUUUUUACCCUUGGUGGAAACAUUCUCCUUUCCCCUAGCACAAAAACGUUAAGGCAAGCUUGCCGAUGCUAUUGCCUCAGAUUUAAUCACUGGUUGAAACCCAGUAUAAUUUGUAGAGCCUCCAAAACUCCAAAAUUUGGAGUUACUUCUCUGGUCUUCAGAUUGCUUGUGUAAAUGUGUAUAUCUAUGUAUAAAGCAUCAUUUUAAACUACA